AUGCAAUAUUCGAUCAUCAAUGACUUUUUUCUUUUCCGUGUGAUUACACCUGCAAUUUCCUCGGAAUCUCUACGAUUUGAGAUAAUUUUCGUCCCUUCACAGACAUCCAUUCAACUGGUAAACCGUACUGUCGUUGUUCAGGAAGGCGAAUCGGCUACGGUACGGAUGAACUUCACCACUCGAGAUAUAGCUGAAGAAAGACUUAUCUAUUCCCAUUCGGGAUCGGAAUCUCGUACGGAUCGGCUGCAUUUGGUAGCUGAAUCAGCGUUCCGUAAAGGACGUCGGAUCCCAUUCUGGAUGACAUUCUCUAUCAUUCCUAUCAACGACAAUCGACCUCGUCUACGAGGUAGUCACGUCAUUCAGGUUGGUCUGUUUCCACUGCUAUCACCUUUUGUUGUUCCCCCCCCCCCCCCAAGCUGGCGUCGCCGCCAUUCACUAUAG